CCGCUCACUAUCAUUCUCGGCACCGCCCGCCCCCGUUGCCAUGGCGGGGCCGCGGGCGUCGGCACCACAACCUGCAGGGCCGCGGCCGCCGCGCUCUGCUCGGGAUGGGGGCUCCGCGCCGCUGCUUUUCAGUGACACACUUGUGUAAAAUGUUGCUGCCUCCAACUAUUAUUAAUACUUGCACCUACCUAGCUUGAGGAAGCAUGGGGAAUCAGAUGCAAGUAAGAUGCCUGCACUAGUUGUUUCUAAGUAGAUUAAAAGCACUCCAAUGAAGGAAAGAAAACCACUGAAAUUAAGCUGAAAUGAAAGUGUUGCCUCAGGAAAUCAUCCAAAGCCCACCAAGGUAUCCCAGGUUUGAAGAGCCGACAAUUUGCCCACCAUUAGAUUUUGCCAGAUGGCAGCAGAGGGGCAGUCUGACAAAAUGGCGUCUGACACGGAAGAUUCAUUUGAUCAAAGACAAAGGUGGCAUGGAUGAUUAUUUGGCGAAGAAUAUCAAAGGGUUGUCAAAACAAGAAGCUGCUGCUAACAGGAAUUCAUACAAGAAGAACAUCUGCAUAGACAUGCUGCGACAGGGUUAUCACAAGUCCUUCUCCGAGCUCUUCACUCUGAUACAGAAGUGGAAUGCCUUGAGGGAGGCUGCAGGGCCUGGGUCAGCCAUAUGGCAGCAGCAGUCCCUGGAGGAGCAGCCUGAUAAGCUGGAUCAGCUUUACCACUUCCUGACCAGGGCUGAGGCAGCCCAGCGAGCAGGGCACUCUGAGGAAGUUUAUGACAACCAGCUUAACGUGGCUUACUGCUUCAAUGACCCUGAGGAGAAAGAGUUAAGGAAUUACUUUUAUGAACAAUGCUUUAACACUGCUCAACUAAUAAAAACUGAUGGUGGAAAAAGACAAGCACAAGCACAUGCACAUAUGGGCCUUAUCAACGAGGAGCAAGGUAAUGUCAUGAAGGCUGCUGAGCAUUAUGAAGCGUUUUACCAGCUAACAGAAGGUUCAACUUGGAAGGAUGAGACAGGCCAUCCUUACAAUUCAUUGGCAUGUGAGCAUCUUUGGAGAAUUUAUAUAUUAAUGGCAGACAAAAUGCUAGAAAACAAAGAGCAACAUCAGGCCAUCAAAAUAUUAAUAAAAGCUUUCCGAAUGGCAAAAACCGGAGGUGAUAAGAAGAUGGAAGGAGAAACUGCAUAUUGCUUAAGUUUAGUGUAUCAUUAUGCUGGAGAAGAGAAGACAGCAUUGUCACUUUUGAACUCCUCUAUAAAAAUCUUCACAGCACUGUGUGAUUCUGCAGGCCUAAGAAGAGCAUAUGAAGCUAUAGACAAGAUCCUGGUAAGUCAGGGAAAAGUGGCUGAAAGUCUUAUGUACUUGGAAGAGUUUAAGAAGGUUGCUGAGAAUGCUCGUCUAAACCAAAGCGUGGUGGACGCAUGUGUGUUGGUCGGGAACAUUUACAAUGAAAGAGGGAGCUAUGACAGAGCUCUUGAAUAUUUCACUCAGGCUUUUGAGGCAGCAAACCCUUUAAAUAAUUUGUCUUUAGCUGAUGAAACAAGGACUUAUUGUGGUAUUGCAAAGGCUCAUAAACUGAUGGUGGCGUUUAACAGCCAUAUAGAAGCAGAAGAUCCCAUCAGCCUCAAGUACUUGCUGGCAUGGAAGGAGAACAGAAGUGACAUGUGCACUGACCCUCUCACAGUCGAGCCUGAUAAAGAAAUGAGCCCACGUGAGCCUCCUCCAGAAACAAGCCCUUGUGAGUCUCUUCUAGAGACCCAAAUUCUAGAUCAUUCCUGAAAACACCUGCUUACUUACAGUGAAGAUGACAGAUGUAUGUCAUGAGUUCAGGAAGAUCUCUGAAAACUCAGGCAACAGAGUAAGAAUGUUGGUGGAAGUUUUGUUGUUUAAGUGGGUGCACAUUGUUGCAGUAUAAAUAUCUGAUAGCACUAAGUUCUUAUAUGACUGACGUGCGGCUCCAUGUUUCUAUCAAAAAUAGCUAGUGUCAUUGCAAUAAAUGCAAAAGGAAAGAGUAAUGUAGAGCAGCGUGCUUAUUGUUUGUGCCGCUUACUUUCUUUCCAAGUGUUAAGAUACCAAGCGUCCUAUAUGCCUGCUGAAGUACAUGGGGGUGCAGGGUGCUCAGUAUGGUGGAAGAUCAAUUUCUGAAUGUCUGGAUGUUUUCUCUAAAUCCCAAAUUAUUACCCCAUUCGGAAAAAAUAGAUUCCAAGCUUGAUGCCUUACCCAUGGAGCUUCCUGUAAUUUCUAGCUUCUGUGCUUGAAAGUUGUGGCUCAACUAUGACCUGAAUAGAAUAGGCAACAGGUUCCACUAGUGACCCACAGCAGUCUGACUCCCAUGGUCUUCACAAGUGUCAGAGGCAAUUUCCCAGCUGCUGCCACUGUUGGUCCCAAGAGCAGUUAAGGGACAGAAGGUGGUGGCUAUUGCCUUGCAAAGUAUAUGGAAAAGCAGAGUUUGGAAUCUACAGAUUUUAUUUAGGAAAACUGAUUUAAGCUUUUGUAAUUUCAUAUGUUAGAAAACCUGCUCUUUCAAACUUUGUAAAUCCCAAUAAUUGACCUCUCCUGUCUUUAAACAGCGGUUUCCAGGGUCAGAGUUUGAAGCACGCUCCAUUAGACCUGUAGUCAGUUUUUAGGAUGGUCUUUGAGCAAGCAGUAGGUUUCGCCAUAGUAAUAACUCAAUUCACUAGUUUUCUUCGGGGUUUUAAUCUAUGUAACUGGUUGACAUAUGACAAUAGGAUUUUUGCCUCUAAAGGAGUGGUGAAAAAUAUAUCAUUAACUAGCUCACAUUAGACCUUUUUUGAUCAAUGUAAGCAUAAAUACCUGUAAUAAUAAUUUAAUUCUUUUAGUUAGAGGUCUUUAUUGUCUGAACACCAGGUUUAUUACAACAAUUUUCAUUCAGAAUGUUUUCAUGAGGCUGAAAAUUUGUAUAGGAAUAUUCCUGUGAACCCACACACGUAUAUAAACAUACAAAUCUGCUUACUGAGUGGUAAAGAAGUGAAACAAUUAAGGUAAGGAAGGAAAACAGGACCAUGAAUUAAACACAAACAAUAACAGUAUACAGUUUAGUCUUUAUAUUUUAGUGCUAUUGAUACAAAAAAAAAUUAGAAAAACAACAUGGAGACUGGAAAUAACAUCUGAAAAUCACAUUAAUUUGGAAACUCUUCUAGUCUUAAAAGGACUGCUUUAAGAGGUUGCUAAUUUUAGAGAUUUGUAAUAUCUUUUAUCAGAAAGUUGUUGAAAAAAAAAGUGGGGUAUGCGUAUUUAUCAUUGAUAGUAGAAAAAAUAUACAUAUAAAAUAUUAUAAGCAAAGCUGACAUUCUAGAAAAGCUGGUUAUCAAUUUUUCUAGGGCAAGUUUCUAAAUUCUCAGGGUUUUAGACCUUGUGUACAUUUUUACAACUGAACAUUGUUUGUACAUGCCCCAGAAGUCGUUAUGCAGCCCUAUUAAACAGCAUCCGUAAUCGUCACUAGUUUUUUCCAAUCUGAACUCACUGCUAAGCGAUAAUUUUUGUAUGCUUGUGAGGAAAUGGUCACAAAAUUCAUCCUCUAAAUUCUAAAGCAUCAGCUCUCCCAUACUUCAUAACAAUUCUCAGUCAUAAAGCUUUCACUAAAAAUAACAGGACUUUUACCAUGCUGUAAUGAUGCAAAGGCAAGUUGUGUUCUCCAGAGCCAGGAAGCUCCAGCAGAAGUGUUUAUUGAGCUGUAUGACCCUGCUGCCCCUCCCAGGAACUCUGCCUGACAAGUAGCUCUAUGUCUGGGCAGCAUACGGCCAUUCCGCUCCUUGCAGGCCAUUUCAAAACAAAGACUUGUCAAACAUAUUAUAGCAGAUCAGUCUCUGAACUGUUCUGAAGUGGUAAUGUUGGUGUCUUUCAAAUCUGUGUAAUGGGGUGUGGUAUCUGAGACCUGGAAAUGAAGACUGCUUUUGGAUUAGAAUUUUGGUAGGUUUCACUGUGCAUGUAUCUGAUGGUAUUGGUUAGCAAUUCCUAGCAGAGGGGAAGCUUGUCCUGAGAAAGGAUUCUGCUUAUAAUUAUCAAAAGCAUGUUUUCUAACCAUUAAUAAGGUAUAUUUUGAACUAUUCUUUUCCAAAAUUGGGUCUUGUUUGGCAAUGUAUCUCUAUAAUACCUCUAUAUUUUCCACACUUAUGCCCAUAGGUGAAUAGAAUCUAUGUGCUGUUUGUGUUAUGUGUUGUCGAAGGCAAACAAAUAAACAUGUUAAUGAAUA